UAUACACCUCUAUGUCUUUAAAUACUGAUUAACUAAAAAUAGCUUUUCGGGCCCGGUAAGUUUCCGGCUUUGUCAGUUGAGCGAGCGCUACCAAACGUACGGGAAAGGGGAAGGCUUGGUGGCUGAGCAAAGUCCAAAGAAUCAAGAUGGUGGUCAUACUGAGUAAGAUUCUCCCACCGGCACAUUGGUUGAAUUCUAAAGUUUCUGGGAUCGCGGUUGCCGCUGCUGCAGCAGGUAUCGUUGUAUUAUGGAAGAAAAAGCUGGACCAACUUAGCAGUAAAAGAAAGGAUCUGACGGACGAUUUACACAUCUCUCUAGAGGAGGAAAAAGCAGCCAAGAAAGAAAAGGCUGCAGUAGAUGGUGUAUUCUUUAGAAAGUUACUGAGGAUUUUGAAAAUAAUCAUUCCUGGAUGGCUCACACCAGAGACCGGUUACUUGGCACUUGUCGCUGCAUCUCUGAUAGCAAGGACAUAUUGUGAUGUUUGGAUGAUACACAAUGGAACUUCAAUUGAGAGGUGAGCUUUCUCAAAGACACUCAGAGUACAUAAUACAAUCUGCUGUGUAUAAUUCUGUGAAUCCAAGGUAAAUUUGGAUAAAAGAUUAAGGCUAAGGUACAGUGUAAAGGAAUUUGCUUUGAGUUACACAAUGCACAUAAUAAUUUUUUCUUGCAUUGAGUUACAUGUUGUUCAGUUUAAUUUGAGGACUGUAUGAUUGUGCAAUUUUCUCUGGGGUAACCCGAAAACACUGACUCCCUGUCCGUGGACCCCCUCUACGGACUGGGUCCACGGACUACCUAUGGACCAGUCAAUGGACUAUCCCUAUAGACCCCUCUACGGACCAACCCCCAAAAUGGAAUGAAAAUAAUAAAUUAGUAUUUCAGUUACGGGUUGUCUUAUAGAUUAUUUGUGUCUGCUAAAUUCCUAAUGUUACAUUGUGCAAAUGUAACAGACUUGGGUUCAGGCUCAGGCGUAAUUUAUAUCAUUACACAUUGCCGUUUCCUUUGCUGUGGCCAUACAGUGUAUGAAAGACCAGGAAGCCUUCAGGAGGCCUCCGGGAAGCCUCUGGGAAGCCUUGAAAUUUGUGCUCUUUCCCCUUUGCCAUUUUGUCCAGCCCAUUUUACCGUGGGUUCGUGAACUUGUUCCAGGCUUCACAAUUUGCUCAGCAGAAUUACAGAUACAAACAAGCUUAAACGAUCUAAAACGCAUCUACCAUAGCCAGAUUGAGCCAUGCUU